AGCAAGGUUUUUAUGUUUCACGCCGUCAGAAAACCCUACAUUGUUCGAUUUUUUUCUUCUUCCUUCUUUCUUCUCUUUGGAGAGAGAGAGAAACCGAAUCGAAUUGAUUGCCAUGGGAACCCCGGAGACAACACGCGAGCCCUGUCCUGAUCGCAUCCUCGACGACAUAGGCGGCGCUUUCGGCAUGGGAGCCGUCGGAGGUUCCGGCUUUCACUUCAUCAAGGGCUUCUUCAACUCUCCCAAGGGUUCACGCCUCGUCGGCGCGUCACAGGCAGUGCGUCUCAACGCGCCGAGACUGGGUGGAAGCUUUGCGGUUUGGGGUGGACUCUUCUCCACCUUCGACUGCACCAUGGUCUAUGUUCGUCAGAAGGAGGAUCCAUGGAACUCAGUCAUAUCUGGAUUUGCUACCGGAGGAUUUCUCUCCAUGCGUCAGGGACCCACCGUCGCCACGCGCUCUGCCGUGUUCGGUGGUGUCUUGCUGGCGCUUAUUGAAGGAGCUGGGAUCAUGCUCAACAAGGUCUUCUAUGCACCGCAGAUGCCGCCUCUCACGGAGGAGCCUAUGCUGACCGGUUACCCUUCAGGCGUCGGAUUUCCGGGUCAGCACGGUCCUCAGCCUUCUCCGCCGACGGCCUCAGAAUCGGAGGCUAAAACUUCUUGGUUUGGUGGACUCUUCGCUGGAGGGAAGAAGGAGGAGCCCGCGUCUGUUGGCGGCGAAAGCGAAACGAAGAUUCUGGAGAGUUUUGAUGCCCCACCGGUGCCGAAUUUCGAGUACAAGUGAAAGAAAAAAAAUGGAAAUAAGUGGUCUUGUUGGGGAACAAAUUCAAGGGUUAGGGUUUUUUUGGGGUAAUUUAUUACUAUUAGGUGGAGUCUCCGUCAGUGACUGAGAUUAUUGUAUUAAUAUUAUUGUAUUAAAUUGUACUAUUAUGCUUUGUAGCUUGAUUUUGUCAUGAAAGUAUGAACUUUUUAGAAGGAUAAAUGAAUUCAGCUAGUAUUGCACUCUG